CAGAGCCCGAAUACUCAACCCGCCAGGUCCCGUACGGGUUAAACCCGGUUCAGUUCUACACUCUCUCUCUCUUUACUAUUUCCCUCCCUCCCUCUCUCUCUCUCUCUCUCUCUCUCUCUCUCUCUGUGAAAAUUAUUCAGAGGGAAAAGAUGGCGAAAUCUUUGUUUCGCUGCUUUUAUAGAACUUCUUCGCUUCUUAAACCCUCACCUCCCAACCCUUUCCUUUUCAGGUCAGUUUUCCCGACGCAAGAAUCAAUUUUCUACACAGCCAAACAGUUGGUCCUUCCCGGCCCACAAAACCCAUCAUGGGUAUUCAGAAACUUGAGCCAUGGUUCGGUUAAUCUAGUCAUAUCGGAAGGAAAACCAAAAUUCGAAAUGCACGAGGUUGAUCCUCCAAAGAAGGAGAAAUGGAAGACCAAGAAGAAGUUGAAGCUGCAGAGGAAGAGAGAGAAGCAGCAGAGAAAAGCUGCAAAUAAGAAAGACCCUCGAAGACUGGGCAUUAAGGGUAAGAAGAAGAAGUUCGCUAAUGCAGAAGAGAGAAUCAAGUACAAGCUUGAAAAGGCCAAAAUUAAAGAAGCUAUGUUGAUUGAAAGACUUAAGCGGUACGAAAUUCCAAAAGUUCAGGGUCCUGUUGUAGAACCAGUUCAGCUGACAGGAGAGGAACGGUUUUACAUUAAAAAAAUGGCUCAGAAGAAGUCUAAUUAUGUACCAGUUGGCAGAAGAGGAAUUUUUGGAGGUUUAAUUCUUAACAUGCAUAUGCAUUGGAAAAAACAUGAAACUGUGAAGGUCAUUUGCAAUUCCAGUAAACCUGGCCAAUUACAUGAGUAUGCACAGGAAAUCGCCAGACUGAGUGGCGGGAUCCCAAUUCAUGUAAUUGGAGAUGACACUAUAAUAUUUUAUCGAGGAAAGAAUUAUGUGCAGCCAGAAAUUAUGUCACCCAUAGAUACACUGUCAAAGAAAAAGGCUCUAGAAAAAUCCAAGUAUGAGCAAUCACUCGAAUCUGUGCAACGAUUCAUUGCCAUUGCUGAAAAGGAAUUGGAGCUCUAUCACAGACACGUUGCACUUUACGGUGAUCCAAAUGAUCGUAAUCCUCUUUCCAUCUUAGAUAGUCCAGGAAAAGACACUAUGGAAUCAAAUGAGCCUAAGAUACUUGGAAAAGAAAAGGUUGAUUUUACUUACUUUUCCACAAGUCUAUCAGAAAAGGAAGCUGAUUCUGUAGAUCUGGAGCUAUGUGAGAUUGAUGAUAAUUCUGAAGAUGAAAGCUUAUCCACAAGUGAAUCAGAUUCUGGAGGCAACAUCUUGGUUGAUUCUGAUGAUGAAGUAAACUCUUCUGAGAUGCGACCGAGCAUCAAAAUGUUAGGUUCGUCAAAACAAUUGUAAAUGAAUAUGAUUUUGAUAGGCAAAGACUUUUUUAGAGAAUGAAUUCUGGAUAUGACAGUUCAACCUUAAUCUAAAGUUGCUUCUUUUUUUUUUUUUCCUUCAUCCUAAGUUGAAGGUUCCUUGAUUAGUUGCUACAUUGGUCUACAAAAAAGAUACAUGAAAUUACAUAAAGUUGGCUAAAGAAGUUGCUUUA